AUGCAGUAACAGUUACAGUAUCGCUGCCAAAUAGUGAGGCAACAGAGACAUAUUACAGAAAUAUACAUUUUGAGAAUGCUCCUGUUGAACUCUCAAUUAAAAAUCUUGGUACAAUAAUAAGUGAUGAAGUUCAAGAGAAAUCACAUGACCCAGACUAUAUUUCUCCUGGCCAAUCUGAGACUGGAAGUACGUCUGAUGAUGAACAAAUUCACGUAAGGGAAGGUGAUGGAAUAAUUGACAACACUACAGAGGAACAAAAUGACAAUGAAACUGGGAGAUCAAAAAAAUGUAGAGAGCGGAAGUAUGGAAACUUAACAAGAAAUGAAAGGCAAGCAAAGGAAUAUAGGUAUGAAGAGUUUAUUAAUUUUGCUAAAAAACCAGUACCGGCAAAAACAUUUGUAGACUUGCCAAAUUUAUCAAGAAAUGCAAAGAGAAUGUUUCCGUUGAUAUUCGUCACAAGGAGUUCGAAAAAUUUAAAGACCUUGGCAACUACAAUGACCAAAACAUGUACAUUAAUGCAAAUGUAAAAGAAGUUCCAAAGAAACGUUCCUACUCAAUAGUAAAAGAAGAAUCAAAAUCUAGGCCGCAAAAUUUUUCCCGUCUUUAUUGUUUUGUUUAAAUAAAACUGUUGUCUGCAGGUAGAUGUUUGUCAAGACAUUACAUAUAUCAUCAAAAAUAGUCAACACAGCCUUAUCUA